AUGAAAUCAAUUCGAGAUAACACUGACCCCAAGAUGCGUCCGACAGACUUACUUCCCCUCAUGAAACGCCUGGAGAACUAUCAGAAGCCAAGCAACAGCGACACGCAUGGCUACGAUGGACCAAUCGCCAUCAGCAAUGGUGGACAGAUAACACAAGUCGCACAGGACUUUUUGCGCGCAUCGGACGCAGUCGGUGUCCCUUUCAACGACGAUAUCCAGGACCUGCAGACAAGUCACGGAGCUGAGAUCUGGGCUAAAUACAUCAACAGACACACCGGCCGACGCAGCGACGCCGCCACUGCCUAUGUCCACAGCGUCAUGGACGUCCAGAACAACUUGUAUCUGCGCACAAACGCACGCGUAUCUCGAGUUAUCUUCGAGGGGAACAAGGCGGUCGGCGUGGCAUACGUGCCUUCCAGGAAUCGUGUCCAUGGCGGCAAAGUCCAGGAAACUAUUGUACGAGCGCGCAAAUACGUCGUGUUGAGCAGUGGCACUUUGGGAACGCCACAAAUCCUCGAACGCUCAGGCGUGGGCAACUCGCGGCUCCUGCAGAAGAUGGACAUCAAGGUCGUCAGCGACCUUCCGGGAGUUGGAGAGGAAUAUCAAGACCAUUACACGACCCUUUCUUUGUACCGUGUGUCGAACGAAACGAAUACGCUGGACGACUUCCUACGAGGUGACAAGGAAGUUCAGAAAGAGUUAUUCGCUGAAUGGGAAACCAGCCCCGAGAAAGCGCGCCUUUCCUCGAACGCCAUUGACGCAGGCUUCAAGAUCCGCCCGACCGAGGAAGAGCUGAAGGAGAUGGGCCCCGAAUUCAACGAGUUGUGGAACAAGUACUUCAAAGACAAGCCCGACAAGCCCGUCAUGUUCGGCUCGAUCGUGUCUGCAGCCUACGCCGACCACACUCUCCUCCCUCCCGGAAAAUACGUUACAAUGUUCCAAUAUCUCGAAUACCCUGCUAGUCGCGGAAAGAUCCACAUCCAGUCGAGCAACCCGUACGAGCCGCCCUUCUUCGACAGCGGCUUCAUGAACAACAAGGCCGACUUCGCGCCCAUCCGUUGGAGCUACAAGAAGACCCGAGAAGUCGCUCGGCGCAUGGACGCGUUCCGCGGCGAACUGACGUCGCACCACCCCCGGUUCCACCCGGCGUCGCCGGCGGCGUGUAGGGACAUCGACAUCAAGACCGCCAGAGAGAUCAUGCCCAACGGGUUCACUGUUGGCAUCCACAUGGGCACCUGGCAUGCUCCCGGCGAACAAUUCGACGCGAGCAAGGUGCACGAGGACAUAAAGUACACGGAAGAGGACGACAAGGCCAUCGAUGACUGGAUCUCAGGUAAGAUGACAUUCCCUACCUUCUCUGCGCUUGAUCACCAACACUUCCAAUACGUAGACCACGUCGAGACCACCUGGCACAGUCUCGGCACCUGCGCAAUGAAGCCGAGGGAACAGGGCGGUGUCGUGGAUGGCCGCCUCAAUGUCUACGGAACGGAAAACCUCAAAUGUGUUGACUUGAGUAUCUGCCCUGAUAACCUCGGCACGAACACAUACUCGUCUGCGUUGCUUGUAGGCGAGAAAGGUGCAGAUUUGCUGUGCGAGGAUCUAGGCAUCAAAGUCAGGACUCCUCAUGCACCGGUCCCACACGCCCCAGUGCCGACAGGUGUUCCCGCAACGCAGCAAGUUCGCUGA